AUAAUUUAGGUGUUAAACAUGGAGAAAUCCUCCCAAACUCUCCUGGUAGUGGUAUUGCUGGUGGUGGCAGGGCAGAUUGACAGUAGGAACCUCGGUGAGGUUGAUUUGUCAAAUGAAGAGGCAAUGUCUCAACUUCUAGACCAAAUUGAUGCUACAAGAAUAGGCAACUUCAUUGAGAAUAUGACACUGCAUCCAAGAAACACUCAAAGUGACUGGAUGGGGGAGAAAGAAGAAACGGUGAAACAAAUGUUCAAGGAUUUUGGGAUGGAUGUUAUUACGAAGAAAUACAAAGUCCUUCAGUGUUUCCCUAAAGAUGUCGAUCCAUCAUUGACGGAGGUUCUAAAUGCAGCAGGAGACGUUGUGGAAACUUACAGAGAGGACGGUAACAAAGCAGAACGUAUUCUUCCAGCUUUUAAUGCUUGGUCGAAAAGUGGAACAGUCGAGGGAGAGCCAGUUUACGUGAACUAUGGAAGAAAAGAAGACUAUGACUACCUUACCAAGGAUUUAGGCAUGGAUCUUACUGGAAAAAUAGCUAUUGCUAGAUAUGGAAAGAUAUAUCGAGGAGAUAAGUCCAAGUUUGCAAAACAGAAUGGUAUGAUAGGAGUCAUAAUCUACAUGGACGCGAAGGACUACGCCCCUGAGGGUGUUGAUAGGAUGCCAGAUGGUCCAGCACUACCGGAAACAGGAAUACAGCGGGGAACUCUAAAGGAUGGACUGGGGGAUCCCUCCACUUACCUCUAUCCUUCAACAAAGUACGCGUACCACGACUCACCUGAAGAGUACCAAAGCAGACUCCCUGGCAUUGUUGUCAUGCCAAUCAACUUUAAAAAUGCUCUGCCCCUUCUUGCCAGUCUUGAUGGAGAUGAAGUUAAGGAUGAGUGGCAAGGAGCUGGGAGUGAAACUCUUUUGAAAUACAAAUAUGGACCUGGAUUCAAAAAUGGUUCCAACAAGAAAAAACUUAGGAUAACGGUAAACCUGGAAUACAGGAUGGUUGAGAUAGAAAACAUAUUUGGAGUUAUAAAAGGGCAACAAGAACCAGACAGGUGGGUCAUGAUGGGAAAUCACAGGGACACUUGGGUGCACGGCGCCGUGGAUGCUACAACUGGACUUGCCGCACUGAAUGAGAUUGGACACGGACUGUUCAAACUAAGGGAACAAGGAUGGAAGCCAAGGAGAACCAUUGUACUGGCUAGUUGGGGAGCUGAGGAGCAAGGUAUAAUCGGGAGUACAGAGUUUGUCGAGGACUACAUGACACUUCUCCAAGAGAAGAUGGUUGCUUACAUCAAUGUUGAUGUAGCAGCUUCUGAUCAGAAGUACUUCAAACCUUCAGCCACGCCUAACUUCAGGCCGCUUCUGGAGAGGGCAGCUAAACAGGCAGGUGCACCUCUUGACAGUACAUACGGCACCUUUUACGAGCAAUGGGACACAUUAACAAAAGAAGAACACCCUGAGUUAACUGCCCCAAAGAUCGGAGAUUUGGGUUCUGGUUCGGACUACGCUGCCUUUAUCAACAUGGCAGGAGUAUCCUGCAUCGAUCUGACGAUAGUGGGACCCUACUACACGUAUCACACAGAGUACGAUAACUAUCACUACCUCAGCAACUAUGCUGAUCCUGGAAUGAAGGGAACUAAAGCAGUAGCUGAAGUAGCAGCAGUGAUCCUGCUUGAACUUGCUUCUGAGAAGCUUGUUCCUCUGGAUGCUUCAUCUUACAGUAACUACGUGAAUAAUAAGAUCAGCUCCAGUACUUUGGAGGAGGACCUGGCUGCCAAUGAUAUUGAUUAUGGUAUUCUUAAAAAAUCUCUUGCAAAGUUUGUUGAAAAUGCUCGAGAAUACGAAGACUCCAGGUCAAAGUUGCUUGAAGACAAAUCCAGAAAGCAGAUGGAUAUGCGACGAUUCAACGAUCAGAUGUUGCAGAUGGAACGUAGCUUCAUCUACCCGCCUGGACUCCCUAAUCGCCCUCAAAACAGGCACAUUCUGAUUGCACCAAGUAUACUGAACUCCUACAGUGGAUCAGUAUUCCCAGGCCUGUUUGACUCCCUCACGUUAGCUAAAGAAAUAGACACUGAUGAGAACUGGAAUCAGGUAAAGAAACAGUUGACUAUUGCAGCGUGGGUAACGAAGGCAGCCGCUCGUUCCCUAUCCUCUGAAGUGUUCCCCAACUAAAGAACCCCUUUUACACAUCUCAUCCUAUAGAUAUUUUUUAAAUAUUACCCUUGCGAAGCAUAUCUUCGCAGAAGUUGUAAAACUGAUGCUUGACUAACAUUCGAUACCUCGCAUUUAAAUUUAAGUCAUGCCUAGCAUUAAAUUACACAAGUUUAGAAACUCGUUGUGGAUCACACUAUCACAUGGAAUAAUUCAGUUUAAAGAACAUUUCUUAUAACUUUUUUUAUAAUAAAGAAAGCUAUAUUUUCGUACGUAUGUAUUAUUAUUUUAUUAACUAUGAACUCAUCUUUUAUAAUUUUAUGCAUUAUAGCUGUAUUUAAAUGAAAUAAUCUAAUUUCGGUAGUGGUUAGACAAUCACGGAG